GAUCUAACAAUUGCCUUAGUACCGACGAAUAGUUGAUCAAAAGAGCAAAAUGAAAUUGGUCUCCGGUCUAUUAAUAUGCUUGGAGCUAAUACUACUUGUCUCAGCCCUCAACGCCAGAAUAUGCAUCACACCAAACACAACGACUGUGGCCCCUACAACAACGGAGAAACCGGAUAAUCCAGAAACAGCACCAACCAAAUUGCCAACGAGACCAACUACAUUGUCCACUGGACCAACUGAUUCUCCUUCAAGUCCAACAGAUUCACCACCGAGUUCAACAGAUUUGCCACCGAAUCCAACUGAUUCUUCUCCAAAUCCAACAGAUUCACCACCGCGCCCAACAGAUUCGACACCAAGUCCAACUGAUUCUCCACCGAAUCCGACAGAUUCUCCCCCGAGUCCAACUGAUUCUCCUCCACAACCAACGGAUUCCUCACCACAGCCAACUAAUUCUCCACCAAGUCCAACUGAUUCUCCUCCAAAACCAACUGAUUCUUCCCCGAGUCCAAGUGAUUUACCACCAAAACCUACUGAUACACCCCCGAGUCCAACUGAUUCUCCUCCAAAGCCAACUGAAUCUCCGCCAAGUGGAACUGAUUCUUCUCCAAAACCAACCGAUUCGCCUCCGAGUCCAACUGAUUCUCCUCCAACUGACUUGCCUCCAAAACCAACUGAUUCUUCCCCCAGACCAACUGAUUCUCCUUCGAAUCCAACUGAUUCUCCUCCAAAGCCAACUGAUUCUUCCCCCAGACCAACUGAAUCUCCUACGAGUCCAACUGAUUCACCACCGAGUCCAACGGCUUCUUCUCCAAAACCAAGCGAUUCCCCUCCGAGUCCAACUGACUCGCCUCCAAAACCAACUGAUCCUUCCCCCAGACCAACUGAUUCUCCUACGAGUCCAACUGAUUCACCACCGAGUCCAACGGCUUCUUCUCCAAAACCAACCGAUUCCCCUCCGAGUCCAACUGAUCCUUCCCGCAGACCAACUGAUUCUCCUACGAGUCCAACUGAUUCUCCUACGAGUCCAACUGAUACUCCUCCAAAACCUACUGAUUCUCCCCCGAGUCCAACUGAUUCAGCCCCGAGUCCAACGGCUUCUUCUCCAAAACCAACCGAUUCCCCUCCGAGUCCAACUGACUUACCAAAUGAUGAUCCAACGACAGGACAUGGCUUAACCACUCCGCCAUCAUCUAAUCCAACUGAUGCCGGGUCAACCGAAAAGCGAAGUCCUACAACUGCAUCAACACCGACAACAACGGAUGGAGUUAUAAAUCCAGAUAGUAUGUGUCAGAAUCAUCCUGGUGUGGAGUAUCUACCAUAUCCCUACAACUGUCAUCUGUUUAUAAACUGCGAGGGUUCAAACGGCUAUGUAAAAACUUGUCCAAACAAUUUGUACUGGGAUUCUAAGCUUAACAGUUGUGAGGCUGUUUGUGCAUAAAGUUAUGAGAAAUUUUAUUUUCCAGCCACGUGAGCCAAUUUGUCAUAUGGGUGGAAAGUUAAAAUGUUAUUAUUAGUUGAGACAAAUAAAAAAAAAA